AUGAACUCACCUCUCGGUGAGGGCCACCUCAUGACCUUCGAGCAUAUGAACCGAGCCCAGAAGCGCGCAUUCAUUCUGCGAGACCAACUGAAGUAUGAUGAAGAACAGCAUUUGGAUAUGUUCAUCGAUGGCAUUUGUAACCCUGAGCCGCCGCGUUAUAAGCGCACGAGCAGUGGUAUUCAACCCCCUUACGAGGACGUUACCAUCAAGCACAGCACGACGCGUUUCGAUCUGGGCAAUGUUGAGUUCCAGGACAAGUCCAUUCGUCGAGUCUACCUCGCCUGCAUAGGCGACAGCUAUGAGAUGCAUGAAUCGAACGCCAUAUCUCCGGAUGAAGACGACUUCAACUCGGUGCCACUCAAUUAUUACGUCGCCCAGAAGAUCAUGCCGGGUUUCAAGAAGAAGAAUGAGGCGAUUCAUGCUCGGAUGCAGCGCAUCAAUGAUAUGCGUCAACAUAUGUACGAGCAAGCGCGUAGCAAGCCGCCCAAGACACCUACGCGCUUCAAAGAAGGCAAAUCUUUGGCCAAGCUCAUGGACUCGGCAAAAGGUGCCGAGGUCACUCCGGAUGGUGAAGAGUCACGUAAGCGACCAGGAGAGCUCGUCACCCGCCACCCUCUCAACAAGAAAAAGAGGAUCAGCCUCGACAAUGUCUCCAGCAGCGUCAAGACUGAGGCGGUGAAUCGACUCCCUGACCAGACUAAAGUCGAUCUGUUCAAUGCUUUCGUCAAGUCAGCGUUCCCCGACUUCGAUAACCUACUGAUGGCAUCCUGGAACGUGGUCUCGAUCUUCGUCAACGUCGGAAGCGAGGACUUAAUGCUUCAUAACUCGAUUGGCGAUCUGCACGACGUUCUGCUGAAGUUCGACGACUACUUCGGCAAGUCGAGGAAGUCACGAUCGGACAUUCACGAUGCUGCUCGCCUCCAGAAGGAUUUUCGUGACAGUUCUACUCGCAAUACCCCCUUAGCGUCCGGCCUCGGUCCGGUCGAGGUUAGUGGUAAUAUGUCGCGAGAUCGUUCUCGGGAUCGGCUCGUUGAGCUACCGCCUAACCGCCAUGAUGGUGUCGAUGAAGGGGCGCAUUUAUCCCCCAUUGAGUCCAACCAUGCUACGGGAUUUCGACAGUCAAACGGUCGCUACGCGGCCGAGCGUCACACUCAGAAGAAUCAACGCCAACAUCGGACUGGCCUUGAUCAACAGCUUAAGCAAUCCCCAGUUCGCCAUCGUGGCCAUCGUGGUGGUGCCCCCGACCAAUCAGUCACGAAGCAACUCGGCUCUCGCAACCGCCCAGAAGGCCGCCCCCUCCCGCAGUCCCUCGAUGAUCUCUUCUCGCACCCACCACCACAAGAGGUGCGACGCGGUUCGCAUGACAUCUUGCGGGCCAUGGCAGCAAACAUUGAAGAGGAUACGGUAUCAAGCAUCGACGAAGGUUAUGCUGCCAUACAAGCCCAGAAGCCACCGACACCACCCACGAUACAGCCUCUCCACAAGCCAUCCCCGCCCAAACCGAAUGACCUUCUUCGCCGCCCAGAGCACGCUCAGCUCGCUGCAGAGGCCGCUGAACUCCGCAACCGUACGCUCCAGCAGCAGUCGCACUCUCAGCGUGAGGCCCAGCGCUACGGUAUGUUCAACGACCAUAGCCGGCGCAGCAGCAUCGACGCCCUCUUCGUGGGUGACAACGAGGAUGAAGCCGUUCAGGUCCCCGCCAUGCAGGAGGUGCACGAGCAGGAGAAGCAGGCUGAGCCGAGGACGGUGUCAUUGGGUAAGUCCAUGUUGGGCGCACCGAAGAAGCCGCCGAAUGCAACGGGCCCUGCACCUAUUGCUCCUAUGAUGCACAACAGCCCUGCUGGGAAGACGGACGAGGCGGAGCGGCGAGGACAAUGA